UGCCCUGCCGGUCCCGGCCGACGCUGACCCAUCCCGGCCGCCUUAGCGCUCAGCUCUUGGGCCCGGCUGCUGCCGAGGCUCCUUGGCCUCUUGAGGGGACUCACUGCGGCUCCCCCUGAGGGGGGGUGCGGGAGAGGAGAAGUAACCGUCGUGACGAGGCCUGUGGUCCGGGGACUGCCUCUUCCCCGGCCCCCUUUCUUUCCCCCAACGCCCCGUCCGGGACCAUGUUCACCAGUACUGGCUCCAGCGGGCUGUAUAAAGCACCUCUGUCAAAGGGCCUCUUAAUAAUACCAAGCACGCUCUCCCUUCUGUUGGCUCUACUCUUUCAACACUAUCAGAAAUUUUUUGCAUACAAUCUGCAAGCAGUAAAAGAGGAAUUUCAGAUUUGGAGGCUUGUAUGUGGGCGAACGGUAUGUCUUGAUCUCAAAGACACAUUCUGCAGCAGCUUGCUCAUCUACAACUUUAGGAUAUUUGAAAGGAGAUAUGGCAGCCGAAAAUUUUCUUCAUUUUUGCUGGGCUCCUGGAUGCUAUCAGUGUUGUUUGAUUUUCUUCUGGUAGAAGCAGUUGAAUACUCUUUUGGUCUCACCAUCAACAGCUUGCCUUCAGGAUUCUUGGGCCCUGUGUUUGCUCUUUUUGUACCAUUUUAUUGCUCCAUUCCAAGAGUGCAAGUGACACAAGUGCUAGGCCAAUUUUCCAUCACAAACAAGACACUGGUCUAUAUAUUGGGUUUGCAGCUUUUAACUUCUGGGUCUUACAUCUGGAUUGUAGCUUUAAGUGGGUUGAUUUCUGGAAUGUGCUACAGCAGUAGUGUGUUAAAAGUGCACCGUGUACUUUGCGUACCCGGUGGUGUAGCAAGAAUAUUUGCUUGGACUCUAGAACCAAUUUUCUCAUCCGCGGAGCCAUCCAGUGAGAUCAGAGUUGGAAUGGGAGCAACUGUGGACAUACAGAGGCAACAAAGAAUGGAACUACUAGAUCGGCAAAUCUUGAUGUCUCAGUAUGCCCAGUUGAGGCGACAAAGACAGCAGCAGGGUGGAAUGAUUAACUGGAAUCGUCUCUUUCCUCCUUUACGUCAUCGACGUAAUGCAAACUAUCAGGAUAAUCACCAGGCUGAACAUGAGGUACUUCCUCCAGCUGAAGUUUCUGAAGAACAGGUUGCACGACUCAUGGAAAUGGGAUUUUCCCGGGUAGAUGCUUUGGAAGCUCUGAGGGCUUCAAAUAAUGACCUUAAUGUAGCCACUAACUUCCUGCUCCAACACUGAUGAGUACCUGCAAUGAAGAACUUGAAUUAACAUAUUUUGGUGUGCUGCCCAAAGGAGGACCUUAACCAUUUGCCCGGUAGACUUCUGAAUGUCUAAAUCAAGAAGAGGAAACUGUUCCUUCACAUGUGACAUAUCAGAGCAGAAAUGAUGGAUGGCACUGGAAAUGUCUGACCUUUGAAGGAGAUACGUACUGGCCAGGUUGCACUUGAAAAGUACUUUCAAUUGUAAAAAUAUGCUAUGGCUUCCAUAUUUAUUUUGGACAAUUGGGUGUACGUGGGUGUGGGUGGUGUGGGUGUUUUUUUAAAAAAAAUCAGCAUAAAAUGUAUUGCCAUUCCUUAUAACAGGGAAACAGGAGGAAACAGGAAAGCUUGUAAAACUGCACCUUUUGCCAAGAGUACAGGCUUUUUCCUCUUGUAUCACGUUCCUUUUUCUAAUUUUAAAUGUUUUUGAAUAUUGCAUUUAAUUUACCUCUUACGUCAAAGCUUUAAGAAAUAUGCAGAAUUCCUUGCUUGUAUGAUUUCAAUAAAGGGAGAGAGGACUGCGA